CACUCGAGAAUCUCUCUGGCCAGAGUGUAUGACACAGUUGGCAGGUCCACUCGCUCGCACGUUCCUUCAGCAUGACCUCUCGCAGUGAGGACUGGGCCGUGACUGACAUGUUUGAGGAGGGCAGUGAGGAAGGCCAGCAGAAUGGGAGAGAGAGAGGCGGGUUAAAAAGCAUGCUGGAGAAGGCACGCGAGGUCCAGAAGCGGGCGCGGGGAAGCGUGGUGGGCGUGAAGGAGGGGAAACAGGGGGAGAAUGUAGCCGUAGUGAACAACCCCCUGUUGGUGCCGCUCGCCCUGGUGGAGGUCGUCGUCACCGCGGCGAUCUGCGCCCUCAACUAUUGCCUCAGGUAUGACGAGAAUUUACGCGAGGGCUGCAGCAUGGUCACCUGGGAAGGCGUUCGGCUGCCCUGCCACCAGCUGCCCGACGUUUCAUACCCCGCCUACAGUACUUCUGACGCGGCCACGUUUUCCGUUCAGUUCACCCUCCCGGAGUCCGUUUUCUUCUCGUGCGCCAUCGUGGUUCCCUUGGGCCUGAUGUUGGUGGCGGAGGCUGUCAAGACGCAGUAUCCAGUCCGGAGAGUAAAGACCGUGACAUCACUUGGCUUAAAACUGCCGCCGUAUGUCCGCCGUAUUCUGAGGUUCAUAUGCACCUUCAUGCUCGGGGGCGCGGCCACGGGGUGCUUCGUGUCCGUCCUGAAGCUGCUCAUAGCCUCCCCGCGCCCUUCCUUCCUCGCCCUCUGCAAGCUCAACAACACCAUCUGCGGCACCCCUUCCGUGUGGGCCCCUCACGGCUCCUGCGAGGCGCCCCCCCACGUGGUGCACGAGGCGCUGCGCUCCUUCCCGUCCUACCACGCGGCGCUGGCUGCCUACUGCGGCGUGUGGACGUCGGUGUACCUGACGCGGGCGGCGCGAGUGAAGGGCGUGUACAGCUCGUCCUUGGUCAUCGUCGGGGCAGUUUGGGUGAUGACGGCGAUCGGCCUCGGCCACGGCAUCUUCACCUACCAGUCAUCGUUCACUGACGUCGUCGCAGGAGGUCUCAUCGGCGCCGGGGGAGCUCUGUUCCUGAUCUUCGGUCUACUGAAUGGCUUCAAGGAGAAGAAGUGGAAGGUGGGCGUCAUCAAGAGGCGGUCUCUUCAGGCCCAAGAACAUUCCAACCUCAUGCCUAUGGUCCCUCUGGCGGGCUCCGAUUUACCCGCCAAGCCGAACGAAAUCAACAUGGACGACAUGGACGACGAGAGCAGCGAGGACUCGUCGGGAGAGGAGAGUGACGAGGGGCGGUACAACCGUCUGGCUUUUAGCAGUGACUCCUUCCCCAUCAUCCCGCGAGCUGCCAGUCGACCCCUGUCCUUAGUCAUCCCCGCGAGCCCCAGGGAGAGGUCGCCAGCGCAGGCCGUCAACUCCGUCGUGGCGAAUCCCCCUCCCCUCCUCCUCCACCCCCUCCUCCCCGCCCUCCCGGCCUCCCCCAGCUACUCCCGGCCGGCCAUGUCCCCCUGGAGUGCCACGCAGACCAAGCCCUACAACGUGCCCAGACAAAGGUACUCGGCCCCGGCCCCCGCCCGCGCCCCGGCCUACGACCUCAGAUACGACAACACCUACAGACGGCAGGACGACUACCCGCGGACGCACCACCUACGGGACUCGGACACCCUCCCGCGCGCGCGCACCGAGACGUCCUCCUACUUCUGAUGUGCUUCGAUGUUCCGCUCAAUUUUGUCAUGGGUCUACUUUUCAUGGAGUUUUUGCCCUUGUUAAAGUUCACUUGUCAGAUGCGUCUUGCGUUUAGUUAUGUAUCGCCCAGACAGAUUUAAAAAAACAGACGCAUAUCUUCAUACACACAUGCAGAAUGGACAUACGCCAUACAUUCGCAUUUAUGAGUGGGCACACACGCGUGCAUUUGUACAAAAACACAUAAGGAUACUUACACAGAUAUAUUUGUAGUGUUGACCCCGUGCAGCGUCGUAAUCGAAAGAGUAGAAUUACUUUAAUCUGAACAAGCAGUUCAAUGUAAAAAGAAUGUUGAUUGCAAAGUGCUUUCUAUGUUUCGUGUUUGUUAAUUCCAUUUACUUUGUCUCUUUUAUAAUGUCACUUAACUCUAAUUUUAUAGGUGUAAACUCUCGAAGCGUCCAUCAUAAUGCGCUCCCGAAAGUAAAAUGAUGAAUAUA